UCCGGGGGUGUGGCUCCGUCCUUAUAGCUCGGACCUGGAGUCUUCGUCUCGUUGAGGUUGCUGGGCGUGGUUCGGCUCUUUCCGCCGCCGGGGCGUGGCCUGCCCUCAUCAGGACCAGAGGCGGGGCGGCGGCCUCUCUGCACAGCGCACGGUGGACAGCAUGGCGGAGAUCACCAGCCUGGCGCCCAGCCUCGAUAUGUCUCCGAUCGCAGCGGGGUUCGUCGGAGCGGCGGUCUUGGUGGUGUCUGUCUCGGUGGCGGUCUUUCUCUGGAGCUGCUGUCACAGCCGAGCAGAGAAGAAGUUUAAGAACCCCCCCGUACAAGUUCAUCCACAUGCUGAAGGGGAUCAGUAUCUACCCCGAGACCCUCAGCAACAAAAAAAAGACUUUCCGUGUGCGCAGAGACAAGCCGCCCAUGGAUGGCGAGGGGGCCGAGGCGGGUCUGAUGGGCUCUGAGAAAAGUCCCAAUGGCCUGGCCACGGCCGUCAACCAGCUGCACAUCAACCCCAACUGUGGGGAGGAAGUGAGUCCGAGCACCAGCUCCAGCGGAAGCAAGACUACAUCCCCAUCAUCCCCAGACGAAGAGGCCACGCUGGGGGCACUCACCAUCUCUGUGGACUACAACUUUCCAAAGAAAGCCUUGGUGGUCACCAUACAAGAGGCUCAUGGCCUCCCAGUGAUGGAUGAACACUCCCACGGAUCUGACCCCUACGUGAAGAUGACCAUCCUGCCGGACAAGAAGCAUCGGGUGAAGACCCGCGUCCUGAGGAAGACUCUGGACCCCGUGUUUGACGAGACCUUCACUUUCUAUGGCAUCCCGUACAGCCAACUCCAGGACUUGGUGCUCCACUUCCUAGUGCUGAGCUUUGACCGCUUCUCGCGAGAUGAUGUCAUCGGGGAGGUGAUGGUCCCGCUGUCGGGGGUAGAUCCCAGCACCGGGCGAGUGCAGAUAACCAGAGACAUUGUGAGAAGGAACAUUCAGAAAUGCGUCAGUCGUGGUGAGCUGCAGGUGUCCUUGUCCUAUCAGCCGGUGGCACAAAGAAUGACCGUCGUGGUGCUGAAAGCAAAACACCUGCCGAGAGUGGACAUCACCGGACUGUCAGAUCCUUACGUCAAAGUGAAUGUCUAUUAUGGCCGAAAACGAAUUGCAAAGAAGAAGACCCAUGUGAAAAAGUGCACCCUGAGUCCAGUCUUCAAUGAGUCCUUCAUCUAUGACAUUCCCAUAGACCUGUUGCCGGACAUCAGCAUUGAGUUCCUUGUGAUCGACUUUGAUCGCACCACUAAGAACCAGGCGGUGGGGCGGCUCAUCCUGGGGGCGCACAGUGUAACGGCUAACGGCAUUGAGCACUGGCGGGAGGUGUGUGACAACCCCUACAAGCUGAUCGCCAAGUGGCACAGCUUGAGUGAGUACUAGCGGCUUGGUGUCUUGUGUAAGAGGUAACGCAGGUCUUGGUGAUGGAAGCGUUCCGGAAUCAGAUGGGCAGGAGAUAUUCAUUUUUUGUGUUAUCCUGUUUAACCCUUCAGAGACCACGGCACCUGUCUCAUACCGUACUGUAGGUCUGCUGAAGGUGUUGGCCUCGUUUUAGUGGUAGUUCAGACUUUUUUAGGCAGUCAUUUCUGAUGUUUUGCAGGACACUAUACUAAGCACUAAACCAGACGGUAACACUUCGCUAUAAUAACCUAUAUACAGAGUAUAACCCGUUGUUUGCAUGUUUCUGGCAGAGUCUCCACCGUCUCUCUUGAAGCCCUCUGCAUGUCAGUUCCAUGUUACUAGCUCUUGGUCCUGAGGGUCCCUUGUGGUUGCACAUGGCCAGUCUUGUCUGGUGGUCGAGUUUUUCUGGUGGAGUAGAUCAUCUCCACCCAUUGUCUUCUGCUCCAUGAGUCACGUGACGUGAGCUGCAGAUGUUGUGAUGUGUCCAAGCAGUGGGCUUAAUUCUCCCACACCCUGGGUCACAAUUCCAGCCCAGGUGACGGCCCUCUUUCUGGAUGUUGUAAGGUUGGAGAUAGUUAGCAUGUGCUCAGACACGGCCAUCAGGGAGAUCAGGACCUCAGGACGUGGUCGCUCUCACCCCUGCCUUUCUGAAGAGCUCGGUUAACCCGUUGUUUGCCUCUAUAUCUGCUGUAUAUACACCAGGCUUCCCCCCCCCCCCAUGACCCAUGAGCAGCAGAGCAGGAAACUAGGCAGCCUGCGGGCAAAAAGUCAUGGCACAUUAUCAGUGUUUUAUGGCAUCAGUAGCCGGUGUAUAAGGUGAACCCUGCCACUGGGCAAGAUAAGAAAGAUGGCAGGGUCAGCUCAGCCUAUCUGUAUGUACGGCAAGGAGACCAGGGCCACCAGUCCCAUGACUUCACCUAUCAACAUGUUGGUUUAUAUUGGCUUUCAUCUUCUAUGGAUCCUGUUCAUCUGCAUCUCACCUGCCUCAGGGUACCAGACCCCAUGGGUGCCUCAGUCUCACUCAACGCCUGACUCUUAUGGUCCUGGUCACUCCAUCACACUGAGAUUGUUGUGUGACUGCUCUUCAGUCCUGAAGUUAGUCCUGGUCCCAUAUGCAAUCUGCAUCCACUGAGAAUCCACUCACUGCUCAGCACAUGAAAUAUUCAUGUAUUGUCCCGUCUAUAACCUCUAAUGACUCCAUACCACAAGGCUCAGGUCUCUGAUGCCUCUGUACUAUGUUAUUAGGCCCUGAUCCCCGCACUCUAUGAUUAGGCCCUGAUCCCCGCACUCUAUGAUUAGGCCCUGAUCCCCGCACUCUAUGAUUAGGCCCUGAUCCCCGCACUCUAUGAUUAGGCCCUGAUCCCCGUACUCUAUGAUUAGGCCCUGAUCCCCGCACUCUAUGAUUAGGCCCUGAUCCCCGCACUCUAUGAUUAGGCCCUGAUCCCCGCACUCUAUGAUUAGGCCCUGAUCCCCGCACUCUAUGAUUAGGCCCUGAUCCCCGUACUCUAUGAUUAGGCCCUGAUCCCCGCACUCUAUGAUUAGGCCCUGAUCCCCGCACUCUAUGAUUAGGCCCUGAUCCCCGUACUCUAUGAUUAGGCCCUGAUCCCCGUACUCUAUGAUUAGGCCCUGAUCCCCGUACUCUAUGAUUAGGCCCUGAUCCCCGCACUCUAUGAUUAGGCCCUGAUCCCCGCACUCUAUGAUUAGGCCCUGAUCCCCGUACUCUAUGAUUAGGCCCUGAUCCCCGUACUCUAUGAUUAGGCCCUGAUCCCCGCACUCUAUGAUUAGGCCCUGAUCCCCGCACUCUAUGAUUAGGCCCUGAUCCCCGUACUCUAUGAUUAGGCCCUGAUCCCCGUACUCUAUGAUUAGGCCCUGAUCCCCGUACUCUAUGAUUAGGCCCUGAUCCCCGUACUCUAUGAUUAGGCCCUGAUCCCCGUACUCUAUGAUUAGGCCCUGAUCCCCGUACUCUAUGAUUAGGCCCUGAUCCCCGUACUCUAUGAUUAGGCCCUGAUCCCCGUACUCUAUGAUUAGGCCCUGAUCCCUGUACUCUAUGAUUAGGCCCUGAUCCCCGUACUCUAUGAUUAGGCCCUGAUCCCCCAUGUAGAAGGCUCUGAUCCCUGCACUCUAUGA